AUGACUGCCCCUAUCCGGAGAUGCACGAGCUGCUUGUGUUGGCCCAUUCAUGCCCACUUUGCUUUUCCGCGGUUCAACAGGUCGAGGUCUUCGCCCACUUUGCCCACUUUGUCCACAUCGCCCACUUCGCCCACUUCGCCCACAUCGCCCACUUCGCCCACUUGGCUCACUUGGCCCAUUUACGAGUCGAUCAUGAACGACGAGACCAACGUCUACGAGAACUGCUUCCGUCGGCGUCACAGCCGAAUCUACCCUGUCCGAAUGGACAAAGUGUUGAAGGAGGCGUUGAGGCUGAUGUCAUUCGACGUCUCGAUGGACACCGCAAGUUCCCGCCCCUCGUUGCCGUCCGCAUCGGACAGCGAACCGGUCCUCGAGCCAACCGAUUGGCAUCUGUUCUGCUGCCAGACUCGGCUCGGCCGACUUGACUUGGACGAAGCGUUGCGUAGGGUCAAUCUCGACCGAAUGGGCUCCGAUUCGCCGGGUUGCCGGGCCGACGACGUGAUCAGAAAGACAGGAGGCAAGGUCGACCGAGUAGGAAGAAUGGGAGGAGGAGGAGAAGGAGGAGGAGAAGGAGGAGGAGAAGGAGAAGGAGAAGAGGGAGGAGGCUGUCUACAGCAAGUCGGCCAAGCCACCGCUUGA